UAUCGCCAACGGUGGACUGGGUGGAGGAUAGCGGAUGCGUGUUCCGCUACUCGGCCGGGGCGGGGCGCCUGAGUUGGCUAGGCAGGAGUGGCAAUAUACGCAUAUUUCCCGUGAAUCCUUCACUUUCAGAAUCCCGUCAUCUUUUUUUUUGUUCGUUUUCACGUAAUUCAUCCUGGAUUGAACACCAAGUUGAGGUCAAAUUGAUUUUCAAGAACAUGGUGUCAGGUGUUUCUACACGGAGUCGUAAACAGCGGGUUGCCGCCGCGUGCGACUUUUGCCGUCGAAGAAAAUUAGGAUGCGAUAACAAGAAACCUAAAUGCACAAAGUGCAUAGUUCAUAGUCGGGAGUGUACCUAUGCAGAACGAUUCAGCGAACGGCCUUCCAAUUCGCGGAUCGCGCAUCUCUUGGAAGAGAACAAAAAUUUGCGAGCUGCUAUCGACACACAAAAAGCGCGUUCAAUCGACACUACGACCACCGUUCGCACAGACACACUCAAUGACGCACCAUCUCGGGCUGCCACAGCUGCCCGAUCAACUACCGCCAUUGAUGCGAUAGGUGCCAAUUUUCAUGGUCCUUCUAGUGUCUUGCAUGAUCAAACAGCCGCAGCAUGGUCCAGCAGUGUCAAUCCUACAAAAGUCAGGAACACUAAUGUGAGAAGUGCUUUGUUUGCCGAAGCCGCAAGACAACGCCAGCUAGAGAGAAUUAAUCUGAAGGCUCGAAAACUGCAAUUCGAAAAUAUUAGUUCUGAACGGGGCUACGAGCUUCUUCAAGUUUUCUGGAAUCGACAGCAUCACUUGGGAACCGUGGUUUACCGACCAGCAUUCAUGAGAGAUAUGGCAAACAGCGGCCCUUACUUCUCUCCCGUUCUUCUAUUUGCGAUCAUGUUUGCCGGUAUGAAAUAUCCAUCAUCGCAGUUUAGCGAUCACGCUACUCCUGACUCCAUAAGCGGGAUGACAUUUCGUCGGAAGGCCGAAGACAUGUUACAUCAUGCUAAUAGUGACACACGAUUGCUGAACAAGAGCAGUAUAACUACGAUCCAGGCGUUGUUGUUGAUAGCUGAUACUCUUUUCUCUUGGUGUGAUGAAAGAAGUCUCUCUUCUCAUUAUCUAGGUAUAGCAAUUAGUAUGAUCAUAGACCUUGGAGUGCAUACUGAGCGCUCUGUAUUCUAUCGAAAAGGCUCAGCAGAAGACCAGGAAAUCGGUCGUCGAGUUUUCUGGUCGGCUUACAUCGCCGAUAAGGUCCAGUCCAUAUAUCAAGGCCGCCCUCCUCGCUUACGAGACGUUGACUGCAUCGUUUCCACUGAUUUCCUUGACGAUUACGAGGAGCUGGAACCAUUCCAUAGCUUGACCUACUCCAUUGUACCUAUGCAGCUUAGUACUCCGACAAGAAGUAGGUCCACAUUUGAACAAUUAUGCAAGCUCUGCAUCGUGGCCGAAUCCAUUAUCACCACACUAUAUGCCGAAAAAAGUUUCCAAACCGAUCCAAGCAUAUUGUUACAGAGAUCGUUAGCAUUGCAAACCAACCUGGAGGAAUGGCGAAUUGCUUUGCCUCCUCAUCUCAAUUUACAAGGCGAGGGCCCAGAGUCGUUUGACAUAUUACCUCACACACUUUCACUCAUGUCCAUGUACCACGCGUUGGUCAUCCUCUUAUUCCGCCCUUUCGUGUCCGACGGUCACCUGCACGCCCUUGACUCUACAAAGGCUAGCUCGGCUUUCACUGCCUGCGCAAACGCUGCGAUCGAAAUCGACAGCAUCUUGAAACUAUAUAAGACGCAUUUCUGUCUCAAGACGUGUCCAUACUUCAUUUCCUACGCGACUUAUGCCAGUGGGACAAUUCAUGCCCGCAUUGCAGCACAAGAAACCGCGGCACAAGAACCUGGGGGUUCACAGUUUCAGAAAAUGCUGUGGAGCUGUUUUGAGACCUUAUCCAACCAUCAGGAGAUUUGUCACGCUCCGAGGCAAUCGAUGAAAAUUCUUUUGGCUCUGGCAAAUCGACUUGGUGUGGAUGCGGGGUCUUUCACGGCAAUUCCAUCUCGAACGGACGGAUGUCUAGAUGGACAAAUGCCCAUGUCCUCAUCAAGUGCUCUUGAUCCACCCUCCAAUAUAACAUCACCAACAUAUGCGAACGAAACUAUUGAUUUCGAUGAAAGUCUGAACGCGCUCGACAUGGACGCCAUUAUUAUGAGCUUCAGUCAACCUCCCCGACAUUUUGGCAUUGAACAUGGAGGAACUAUUCCUGCAUGCAAUCCUCCAAGCGGAGCUGAAAAUGACGGGCGUAAUUCUUUGGAGUAUUCCGAGAUCGUUACCGACCAAGACAACUGGUUUCUCGACCCUCUAUUCGGUCUCGAACUGCAGCAUUGA